AUUAUUAUUAUUAUUAUUAUUAUUAUUAUUAUUUUCACUCCAUGUACUGAUUUCCUUUUCCGAUUUCUGAUUCCUCCAAUCCCCCAUCUCUCUCUCUCUCUCUCUCUCUCUCUCACCCCCCACUGCGGAAGGAAGGGAAGAGAGGGAAUCGAGUUCCGUUACUAGUGAUACAACAACUGGUUCUAACCGCCCCGAACUGUUGUUAAGAGCUCAAAAGGAUCACAAUCUGCAGAGCCAUGCAGCAGCAGCAGCAGCAGCAGGGAGGGUCGCAAUUCGGGGCGCCGCCGCAAUCGGAGACGCCGACGAUCGCGGCCGCAGGGGCCGCUGCGCGAGCUCACGUCCUCCAGCCGCAGUUGUCGGAGCUGGCGGAGGCCGCCUCCCCCAUCAGCAGCCGGCCCCCGGCCACGGCAGCUCCUGCAGCCGGAUUCGACGAGCUGGGCCCCGCCAUGGGCGGCGGAUUCCCGGACGACGAGGCCCUCGGGGCGGGCGAGGAGGCCGAGCGCGGCGGCGCGCCCGGCAACCGCUGGCCGCGGCAGGAGACGCUGGCGCUGCUGAAGAUCCGCUCCGACAUGGACGCCGCCUUCCGGGACGCCACCUUUAAAGGCCCGCUCUGGGAAGAGGUCUCCAGGAAGCUAGCGGAGUUGGGCUACAAGAGGACCGCAAAGAAGUGCAAGGAGAAGUUCGAGAACGUGCACAAAUACUACAAGCGCACCAAGGAAGGCCGAGCUGGCCGCCAGGACGGCAAGGCCUACCGCUUCUUCAGCCAGCUCGAGGCCCUCCACGGCAGCGGCGGAGGCGGCGCCAACACGACCGCCGCAACGCCCCUUGCGGCUGCCUCGCCUACCACAUUUAGUUUCGCAACGGGCACGGCGGGCCCACCGGCAGAUAGAAUUCAGUCGUCGCCCAUCACCGCCCCGGCCCCAUCACCAGUCGCCAUGCCGGCUAGGGUCGCCCCCGAGUUUGGCCCACGAGGAAUCUCGAGCUCGGCCGCCGCCGCAGCCGCUGCAGGUGGAAUCAGCUUCUCCUCAAAUUCUUCCUCUUCUUCGUCGUCGGAGUCGGACGAUGAGGAGACCCAAGUGGCCGGCGGAAGCCGGGAAGGGCGGAAGCGGAAGCGCCGCGGGGGCUCGCGCUCUAGACGGCGGAUGAUGGCCUUCUUCGAGGGGCUGAUGCAACAGGUGAUGGAGCGGCAGGAGGCCAUGCAGCAGCGUUUCCUGGAGGCGAUCGAGAAAAGAGAGCAGGACCGGAUGACACGAGAGGAGGCAUGGCGGCUGCAGGAGAUGUCGCGGCUCAGCCGGGAACAGGAGCUGCUGGUCCAAGAGCGCGCCAUGGCGGCGUCCCGAGACACCGCCGUCAUUUCCUAUCUUCAAAAGAUCAGCGGCCAGACGAUCCCAUUGCCCGCCACGCCGGCCACCUCCAUCGCACCGCUUCCUCCACAGUCGUCGUACACUCCGCCUCAGCAGCAGCAGCCACCGUCGAAGCAGCAGCAUCACACGCAAGUCACCGACGUCGCGCGGCAUCAGUCUUCAUCGGCGACACAGUUGGUGCCGAUCAGCUCAGAGCCUCAGGAGGGCGUCGGCGGCGGGGGCUUCGAGCCGCCAUCGUCCUCGAGGUGGCCCAAGGCGGAGGUCCAUGCUCUAAUCAAGCUACGGAGCGGGCUGGAUUCGAGGUACCAAGAGGCCGGGCCUAAGGGUCCCCUCUGGGAGGAGAUCUCCGCGGGAAUGCGGCGGCUCGGCUACAACCGGAACGCCAAGAGAUGCAAGGAGAAGUGGGAGAACAUCAACAAGUACUUCAAGAAGGUGAAGGAGAGCAGCAAGAAUCGGCCCGAGGACUCCAAGACCUGCCCUUACUUCCACCAAUUGGACGCUCUCUACCGCAAGAAACUGUUCGGUAGCAGCAGCGGCAGCGGCGGCGGUGGCAGCAUCACCGUGGGAAUUCCACAGCAGCAAGAGCAAGAAGCCAAUCGCAGCCCGACGUCCGAAGAACAACACCGGCAGCAGCCUCCCGCCGAGGCCCCCGGCAAGAGCGGCAACGACAACGGUAACGGAAAUGGUGGGAAUGCUGAGGCCGGAGGAGGUCCCGCCGGCAUCUGUGCGCAGACGAGCAACGGCGGACCUCCGCCCAGCUUCUUUGAUGAAGGGAUGAAGAAGCCAGAAGACAUUGUGAAGGAGCUGAUGGACCAAAGGCGACAUCAGCCGGUGAUGGGCGACUACGACAAGAUGGACGAGCCCGACAGCGAUAACCUGGAGGACGACGACGACGACGACGACGACAAUGACGAUGACGAUGACGAGGACAGAAAGAUGCAGUACAAGAUACAGUUCCAGCGGCAGAACGUGAGCGGCGGCGGCGGCGGCAACUCAUCGACCACCGCGACUGCGCCAGGUUCCUUCUUGGCCAUAGUUCAGUGAAUCGGGGUAUCUCCGCCACUUCUCUCCCUUCUUCCUUGUACCAUAUGUAUACCUUUGGUUGCCAACACCACAUCCACGUCCCAACACCCCCAUUUCCAUUCCUAUCCCACCUCGUCCACCUUCGCGUCGUGGAUCAUCUUCAUCGUUAACAUCACAAACAUUACCUCUUCUUCUUCUUCUUCUUCUACAUCGUUACUCUAGUGGUGUCAUAGGUGUCGACAAAACAGAUAUAUAAGGCGAUGAUUUAUUGUGGAAUAAUAAGAGCUCCCCCUUCGGGGCAACCGGAGGAGGAGGGUGGUGGACAUGGUAAUAAGCUCCUACAAGAGGCAUUGGGUCUCCGGCCGGCAUGUACAAAUACACCGCCACUGCAUCUAAAUCUUGUGCUGUAUGGCUACCGUGCCCGAUGUGGGGAGCUGUUGUUUGGUGCGGCACUUUAUUUGUGGCUUUCCUUCUCUUUUAACCCUUCUUUACUGACGAUCGAUCAUCUGUCAGUCGAGGUUUAAGUUGAUGAUGAUGCACUGUUGAGAUGUA